AUGUCAGGAUUAAGAACUGUGAGUGCCUCUUCAGGCAAUGGUAAGAGUUACGAUUCUAUUAUGAAGAUUUUGUUGAUUGGUGAUUCAGGUGUGGGUAAAUCUUGUCUCUUGGUCCGUUUCGUGGAUGACAAGUUCAACCCAUCAUUUAUUACUACCAUUGGUAUUGAUUUUAAGAUUAAAACCGUUGACAUUAACGGUAAAAAGAUUAAACUUCAACUUUGGGAUACGGCAGGUCAAGAAAGAUUCCGCACAAUUACAACUGCCUACUAUAGAGGUGCUAUGGGUAUCAUCCUUGUCUAUGAUGUCACUGAUGAGAGAACCUUCUCUAACAUCAGGCAGUGGUUUAAAACCGUCAAUGAACAUGCAAAUGAUGAUGCACAACUUUUACUGGUAGGUAACAAAAGUGAUAUGGAUACUAGAACUGUUACCUAUGAACAAGGUGAAGCUCUUGCAAAGGAAUUAGGUAUACCUUUCAUCGAAUCAAGUGCGAAGAAUGAUGAUAACGUUAAUGAAAUUUUCUUCACUCUAGCUAAAUUGAUUCAAGAGAAGAUCGAUAACGACAAGUUGGCUGGCGGUUCAGGUGCAGGUAAAGAGGGCAACAUUAACAUCAACUCUGGUAACAACGCUAGUUCAAAGAAUGCCUGCUGUAAUUAG